UGAUACAGGUUCUUGAUCAGACCAAGAUUCUGCUUAAAUAAAAAGGCUGUUUGAAUUAGAGUGUUUUUGUCCUGAGAAAUGGAGCCUGAUCAGACAGAAGAGAUGGACAUCGAAGUCUUGUCUUCCAUGUGGCCCGAAGACGUUGGAACCCAAGCAGACAACCGGUUCAGCAUCGAGAAACCCGCCGGUGAUUCAGACACCUUAAAAGAAGUUGACAGUGCUGAGAAACGCACCAUGGCUGAUUUAAAACGCUUACCAGAACUCAUGAACAUGACUGACCAAGGCUCUUCUCAACUCAACAACCUUGUGAAACAGUGGGAGUACAAGCAGGACCACGAGGUUAAGCUAUUAAGAGAAGAGCUCAAGAUUCUCACUAAACAAAGAGAAGAAGCAGAGGCCAAAGAGCUAAAUAUCAUAGAGGAGCAUAACUUCGAGACUAAAGAGCCUGAGAACGUUCCGGUUUUGGACGAUACUAACGAUUUGUACCGCAGGUUUAAGCACAACAAAAGGGUUGAAAUCGGCGAGGAGUUUGAUACGGUUGCGUACUGGAAACAGAAGGCGUUGAGUUUGGAGAAGAUGCUUGAAGCGAGUACCGAGAGAGAGAGGAGGUUGAUUGAGAAGCUGAACGAGAGUUUGAAGACUAUGGAGAGUCACUCAGCACCGGUUGAAGAGUUGACUCAGAAUCUCAAAAGAGCUGAAGGUUUCCUGCACUUCAUACUUCAGAAUGCUCCUAUUGUUAUGGGACAUCAAGAUAAAGAUCUACGUUACUUGUUCAUAUACAACAAGUUUCCUACCUUACGAGAACAGGUAAAAUAAAGAUGUUUCUUCUUUGUUCUGUAUUCUAAAAAUCGGCUUGUGCACCUCUGCCUAGACGGCAAAUCGUCCAUAUCGGUUUAUGUGUUUGUUUCAUAUCGGUUUAAAUGGUUCUAAACCGACUAAAAUCAGUUUAAAUAGGGUUAAAUUGAUUUAAAUUGGUUUAGAUCUGUCGAAUCAACCAAUAAUGUUAGUGUGAAUCUACAAGUUUAUCUAAUUUCUUAUUUUUGUAUGUCUAAUUCUUAUUAUUUUGUCCAGGUAUAAUUACUUUUAAAAUAAAAUAUCUAAUAUAGAUAUAAAAUAUAUAAAAUAAAUCAAUUUGUUAACACCUAGUCAUGCUUAGACCCCGAAUAAUACGAUUAGCCGCUAAUCGGCCUAUACAGAUCACCUAGUUAUCGUCUAACGAUUUUUUAAACAUCGGUUUUGUUAGAUAAUUGAUCAUUCUCAUGAGAAUGUGUUUCUUAUGUCUCAGGACAUUUUGGGGAAAACAGACGUGGAGAUAUUCCAGGGAGUUGGAGUUAAAGAGUCUGAAGAUUUCAAGAGAGAGGUUCUUGAAACGGGAAAAGCUUCAAAGAAAGAGAUCACAUUCGAAACAGAAUUGUUUGGAUCAAAGACGUUUUUGAUAUACGUUGAGCCUGUUUACAACAAAGCUCGUGAGAAAAUCGGUAUUAACCACAUGGGAAUGGAAGUAACUGAUCAGGUAAAGAAGAGAGAGAAAAUGGUUAAACUUAGAGAAGACAAAGCAGUGAGAAAGGCCAUGAAAUCAGAACUGAACAAGACCAUCCACAUUACAAUGUUAAAAUUGUGGCACAGAAUGAAUUUUCUUCUGCUUUUUGUUGCUAUGUUUUUCAUUCAUAUUCUCCAUGAAUUUACGCAUUUGAAACUUCGAAGUCAAGAGUAGAUGUAAAAGGAGUUACAGAUUAAACUAAACUUAUCUACAAGCAGGUCCAGUUCAAUUAUGAGAGACAUUGCACCUAGCCUAAUUAUGAUAUAUAUAUUUGUUUUGUUGGUCCACCAGUAUAAUAUUUCACGUAAAAAGAUCCUAGUUGAAGUAAUUGUAAAUAUAAAAAUAAAAGCAAUGUUGCUAGUACAUAUGAAAUUACUGUGAUGGUAUGGAAUCCCGGAGUUAUGUUACCCACUUUGAAUUGUCUUUCGGAAAACCAUCCAUGCAAAAAAAAAAUUAUCCAUGCAAAAACUUUAGUGAUUGGAGCUUAUGAUUACGUCACUCAAAAGUUCGUUGUCAGAAAACAAAUGUAAAGAACUGUGUCAUGGGCCCUUCUCAGGACUAGUUCUCUAAUUUUAGUUUAAUCUUUUCAAUAAUGGAACCAAUAGUAUGAAAUAAUUGUAAUGGACUUGCACCUGGAGACUGGAGUAAUACAAAUCCAUUGUACGAAACUAUUGAAACACGAAUUGUAUGGUACAAUAUAACGAUAUCAAACCUUGAUUUAAGUUUGUCAAUGUAUGCUUAUCUUAUCAUCCAGCAUAUCUUUUUUUUUCCUUUUGGGGAAGCUAAGACAUAAAGAUUCAUGGACAACAUUUUCACUCGGAUAUUAUUUUAAAUUUAACUAAUAUAAUGUUGUUGAAAGUAUUGGUCAUAUUUAACUAAUAUACUAUAUUCUGUUUUAGUUGUCAACAAAAAGUUUCUAAAACAUGUAACCAUGUUAAUCUUAGGUGGAUUAUGUCUGUCGUUCAAAAAAAAAAAGUGGAUUAUGUCUAACGAGAUAAAAUUGUUUUUCUUUACAAUGAGAUAUAGUUGUUUAAAGAUUGUAAUUAUAGACAAGACAUUAGUGCAAUUUCUCUGAUAUUUACUUUGAUGUGUUCACUUUCUUAAAUUCAGGAUCACAUUACACAUAUGAAAAGUAGUACUCCGUAAUUAUAAUUAGGAAGAAAGCUUGGUCAUGCUUUAAUCGAGGGUUAAACUAAAUUAAUAAACACAUCCGCUAAUUAAGGAUUGGUGUCUCCAUCCAGUUAAUUUCUCCACAUUCUCGUCUUUCUCCACAUUCGUAAAAUACUAAUAUAGCAUUAUCUUAAUCCUCAACGACCGUCCAUUUUGGCGCGAGAGGAAACAAAACAGACAGUCAGAAUUUGAAAUGGAACUAAACCACGUGUUUGUCAUUGACACUUCCACUUGUCAACUAGAGAAUGAUGUGGUGCAUGUGGCUAUCACAUGUUAUACAAGUACUACUUGUCAAGUAGCAACUAUGGGACGGGACAAAACAAAAGCCCCCGAGCGCCGUCCAGAUCGGGGGAGGAAGAAUAGACCUAAAAAUGGCUUAGCUGUUUUACUUAUUAAUUUAAUUUAAUUUAAUUUAAAAGACCAUUUCAUUCAACAAUUCUGAUUAUUUAUUUCUUGUGUACAACUUGUUAAUUUUAUAAUAUUAAAUUUAACUAUAUAAAACUGUGAUUGAUUUACACAACUAACCAUUACAGUUGUUGUCGCGCUAUUGAAUUGUGACGAUUGGGCCUUUUCUUUAUUGCUAUAAAAUUUGUUGUUCUUCUUUAGUGUACAAGAUUCAAAUGAUUGAUCAUACUUUACAACUGAAAUUGAACUGAAGAAUAUAGUUUAAGAUUUGGUGAUUAUUAUUAUAUUUUCGAUACAUUGUGGUACAUGUGCUGCUGCUUUGAUGUUCAUUGAAACAUGAAUGUCCCGACCGACCUAAUUCGAAUAUUUGUGUACUUUCAUUGACAUUCUAAAGACUAUAGAACACACAUGAUUAGCUUUUUUCUUUUGGAAAGAGUGUACAAAAACCAAGAAAACAAAUGAUUAAUUCGUUAUAUAUUGUAUUGACAACUGGGAAAUAAAAAAAAAGGCAAUUUCUUAUAGUAUUCCCACCAUUCAAUCAUAAAAUGCUUAGUAACCAAAAACAAACAUGUUAACUUAUAUCAUCGCUGUAUUAUCCGGGUGUAAUAAAUAAUGAAAAAAAGUCUUAUAAAUAUCAUACUGUGAAUGCAUAGUAUUGAACUUUUUCGAUAAAUCCAUCUUGACGAUCAUGAAGUGUACAGAGAGGAUUGGUCUUGUAACGGCCAAAAAAAAACUUUUUAAUUCUAUAAUCUUUCGUGCAAAAAAAAAAAGUCUUAAUAAAAACAUAAAUUAGUGACAAAAGCAGUAGUCCACUGUGACCAUUUAAAAGCCAAGUUGAGUUGUUGGUGAAACUAAUGGUGGAGUAGUGGAACACCCAUUCUGAUUAUAGCCAACGGCAAUUCUAUAAUAAUUUGAUCGAUUAGUCUAUUAUUGGAUUAUCAACAGAAAAAUGGCAAUUAAUUUGGUGAAAGUUGCUAUAAUUAUUGGAUCAUUAACAAAAUUUGGCAAUUAAUUUAAUGAAAGUUGCUAUAAUUGUGAACUAAUGGUCAUUAUAGCACUUUUAACGCGCCAAUAUGUAGACGGUUUAACGACUAAUGUAGUCUGUUAUGGAAGCCAAGAGUUCUCGUUACUCAUAAAAUCACAAUGGAACCAUUACAAGGAAGUGAUCAUAUUAUAUUGUUUAAAAGCGAGCCCUUAAUUACAUCGGAGUGUGUCGUCGACGGGCCGCUUUGUAAUCCCAUCACCUUUUUUCUUUCUCUCAUUAAUUUCAGUUAAUGUAUAAAAACGCAAGAAAGAAAGAAAAACAGAGUUCACUGAUUGUGUUACACCGCCUCUGCUAUUGUAGCCAGCGUUAAGAUUGUUAUUCCUGCACUAAUUGCAGAACCAAUCACAAGCAUUAGAUCACUGAUUGUGUUCUUUGUUUCCCACGGCUUCAUUCCACUGCUUAAGCCUAGUGUUGGCGAGAUACGAGGACGUCUCUGCAAUGUUAGUUGUUUAUGUAUAAUGAUUGCUUCUAUCUUUGUGUUUUUAUUUGCCUUUUGUUGCAGCAAAGUUGUUAGCCAGUAUGGCUUUGUUAUCAUCUUUGUAAACAAUUCCUCCUCUAAUGGAGACUAGUUAUCUAUAAAAUCUUGUUUGACCAAAAAAAAAAAAAAA